AUGGUGAUUUUACUUAUCACCCCACCUCCUGUUGAUAAAGACGGAAGAGAAAGAUGUUGGCUUCCAGAAAGGACAAAUGAAAUGGCUGGUGUCUAUGCAGGUAAAUGCAUAGAACUAGCCAGAGAAAUGGGUGUACACUGUGUUGACAUUUGGUCAAAAAUGCAAGCAGUUGAAGGUUGGCAGAAACUAUACUUGAGUGAUGGACUGCAUCUGACGCCGGAAGGAAACGCUCUGGUCCACAAGGAGGUCGUCGGAACCUUGAGAGGUGCUCGUCUGAGAGCUGAAGUUAUGCCGCUUGACUUCCCUCAUCAUUCCAAAAUUGAUGCAAUUCACCAGGAAAGGUCCUUCCAGUGA